AGGACCUCUUGUGAGUCUGUGCUGUGCUGACCCCUCGUAGCGCGAUUCGCAACAUGCACAUGCGUCUGGCGUGGGUCGGCGGGCUAGGGCGCGCGCAGCAUGAUAUUGCGGCGCAGAUCGCGCUCGCCCGACGAGACCCGAGUCCUGAGCAGGUCCAGUGCCUUGUCGCGACCAUCGAGCACCACCUGAACGCACUGCGGACCGCCCCCGUCGUUCCCUUCCGCGACCUCCUCAGCCUCGACGGUACGGAGAAGAAGACCCUCGUCCUCGUCGAGAUCCUGAAGUGCCUGUUCUUCGUCCCGCUGUGCCUCCUGCUGGCCGCCAUCCCGCGCAUCGCGAGCGCGUACCUCGACUCUGCCGUCCUCUUCGUCUACAGCCUGGGCGUGAUCGUGUUGCUGAGCGAGUUUGGGCGUCCGGUGCUUGAGGGGCUGUGCGGCUAUGUGCAUGCGUAUCGCGGCUCGGUCGAGGCGCAGCGGGCGCACACGGCGGCCGCGCAGCUCGAGUACUACGCGCGCUAUCAUCUCGUGGGCUGGACGGCGCUGCUGCGGGUGCUCAGGUCGGGCGUCGAGUCGGCUACAGCCGACGCCGGUCCUGGCGUAGCGGACUCCAGUCCUGGCGUAGCCGACUCGAGUCCGGACAACGCUGAGCGCGUAGCUGCCGUGCGGGAGGCGCUGUUUGAGAAUAUCACUGCGAGCGCCUCUCUACUACCCAUCAGUAUGGCGCUCGAGCUCGUUUUCUACAAGCUGUGCGGGCGCGCUGUGCCUGAUUUGGUGGAGAAACACUAUCCGCAUUAUCGGGGCGCGGCGUAGACGUGUCCUCCUCCCAGAGUGCGUCGCAGGCGUCUGGGAAGUGAGUGUGUAUGGAUGGGGAUCCGGGGGCGGUUAGUAUGGCGGGAAUGUAUUUGCUGGUCA